AUGGAGGCAUCGCAGCCAGAUGUCGCUGGCCCUCCCGGCGCACGCACCGCAUGUGGAAGCUGUGCGAUCCGUGGAAAGACUUGCAGUGUCAAAGAAGGAGAGACCGCCUGUACUAGAUGCGAGCGUCAUGGGCUCAAUGAAUGCGAUGCGUAUUUUGCAAUGGUGCAACGCCUUAAGGAUGAGAAAGAAUCUAAAGACAAACUUAUCGAUGAGGUCGCGGACCUGCGAGAAGAAAUCAACACAUUCUUGAGAAAUACGCCUGGCGCAGUGUCCCUGUCUGAUGCAGUUAUCCGUCUGAGAAAUCUUCGCAUCGAAUCAGGCCCCGGAGGUAGUACAGCGCCUGCGGAAAGUGAUCUCAUCUCAGAGGGUGUUGUCUCCCUAGAAGAGGCAGAAGGCCUGUUCAACAUGUUUACUACAUGUGUCAAUCCACUUUUGUGGGAUGGGCUUCUCAUGCAACACGAGACUCUGGACUCUGCCCGCAGGUCAUCGGCGAUGCUCACGGCAGCCAUCCUUUCUGUCGCUGCAUUACUUGCUCCGGAUCAAGCCGAAGUAUACGAGAAAUGCCACGAAGUCUUCGUGUCUCUCUCCCUUAUGCGGAGGUUGAUGGAUCCUCACCAUAAUAGCUUGGACGAUGUUCGCGCUUUGUGCAUUGGUGCAUUCUACUUCAAGUAUAUGGGAGAGCAGCUUUCUAGCGAGGCCAUUCACAUUUCAAGCGAGCUCAGCCUAGAUGAAGCUUUCUAUCGGUACAUGCGGGGCGAGGUAGCCGAUAUGGAACAGGUUCGGCUGUGGUGUCUGACCUAUAUAUGCGGCCAAUACUUCACCACUGGGCGUGGUUGUCCUCCAAAGGACGUCGGAUUUAAACCGAUCUGGGAUAUGACGCGGAUUCCCAGUCCAGAGGUUGCCAGUGACGAAGACCGAAGGCUAAUCGCCCUCGCUUUAUACUUUGAUACUCUGGCAAAUGCUCAUGCGACCUUUUAUACAGACUGCAGAUAUCCACUGGAAAAAGACGAUAUGGUGACAAUACGCGCGUUAGAAGACGCAGUUAGGCGAUGCCUACAGGAGUAUCCGACUGGAACAUUCCAUACCGACCACCCUCACUCUUCUUUCCCGCAGGAUUUGAAGAACGUUUUUCACGCCUUUGCUCAGUUUCAGCUCUACUCUCUGGCAUUUCGUGGUAUUUUUCCUUGUGAUAAUAGUCCGACGAAUUUCGAAGCGUGGACAUUCGAGCAUUGCCGUACUGCGCGUGCUGCAAUUGACGCUGCUAUAAGAGUACUGUCCGUCAUAGGAACUGACAGUGAUCUAUCAUUGAAUCUCCGCUAUGUUCCCAUUAAUGUCCAUCAGAUGGUGGGAUUCUGUGCUUCUUUUCUUCUGAGAAUUGUCGGAUUAAAUAUGGGCCUCGCGGGCAGCGCUACAGGUGACAUUUUUCAGCUCAAGCUGCCUAUUGAUUCUGGGCGCAUUGUCCACAUUGGAAUGCGGGUAGCCCGGUGUCUGCUUACAAAAGGUGCCGAUCUCAACGAGGAGCAUACGUGUAAUAUCGUGGGCACGAGUCUGAUGAACAUGUUGCAGAUGCUUUCUGACUUGAAUUGGGCUAGCACUAGCGAGGUACCAGUACACGGAUGGGGCCAACUGCUACAGUACCCGAUGACAGACAUUGAUGCGUCUAUUGCUAGUUAUCCUGAUGGGACAUUCGGUAUUGGCUUCAAUCACCUGUUGCCAUACUGGUUUGAAAGACAGGAAAUCAUCUAG